AGACAGUGCAAGCUCGCACACGUUGAAUUAUUGGACCAUCCUCCAUAUAGUCCUAAUGAUUUCUUUACUUUCCCGAAAAUUAAAAACAGACUGCGUGGUCAAAGGUUCCAGUCACCAGAAGAAGCAGUUGACGCAUUCAAAAAUGCCGUUUGGAUCUGCCAGCAAAUGCGUGGAAUAAGUGCUUCGAAAAUUGGUUCGAGCGCAU